UGCAGCAAAGGAGGCCGAAAAAGCAGAUAGUACUGUUAAUUAGCUUCCAAUCCUGCGGUGGGCAAUUUGAGCGUCUAGCCAGCAGUGGUACGUCCAAAGGAACUAACCUGCAAUGAUCACCUGUACUUCAUUCCACUCCGCGGGACGAGGUUAGGAUAAAAGCGGACUUGGAGGACAUGGGUCGCGCCAAUCCAGGUAUUCGUUUCUUCUCGGCUGAGACAGGGGGGGGGUGGGCACGUGACUGGUGGCUUGCCAGAGUCCGAGAAGCUAAUACGUUGAUCCACACGCUACAUACUCACCGAACAACGCUAGCCCGCUACCGUUAACGCCGGACACCGGAGAAUGGUUGCCACAGCACAGGCUGAAAAACAGAUUCUAUGGCACCCACGAUCGCAGAGCAGAUUUGUUGUCGGUGGAGGCUCCCAGAUAUCAUUGUAUGAGUGGGAUUCUGAGCAGUCGGAAAUACGUCAUUUGAGCUCCCGAAGUGAUUUCUCGUUCAUGAAGUGUUUUGCCUGGUCUCCCAGCCCAGCUGUCGACGACCUUUUUGCGGUAGGCCUGGUAUCUGGGCGCGUCGAACUUAUACGACUAGAGGCAACGAGAGUGGCCCGCAAUAAUGUCCUUUCCAGUGGGCCAGUAGCUGCACUUCCAGUCCGCAAUUCCCGAUCAUGUAACACGCUCGCAUUUUGUCAAGCCGACCCAAAUUACCUCGCAGUCGGCCUUGACAAAGUCCGCGGAGAUCCCAGUCUCAUCAUCUGGGACGUGCAGUCGUGCGUUUCCACGUUGCUCCCCUCGAAAGUUGGCCUGCCUUCAAAUGAUGCGGUGGUCACACGGCCCCAACCACGCAUAGCUAAGGCAGACGUCGGGCCUCGAGCGGAUUCGCGAAUGCUGCAACAAUAUGCUCCCACGGAGGUGGUUUCAGCGCUCUCCUUCCUCCCGCAGUCUACCUGCUUGCUGCUUGCCGGAAUGUCCUCUCGGUGGUUUCGUUUAUUUGACCUUCGCAGUCCUAUGUCAGCAGCUACCAGUGUGGCGAACAAAGUGUCCGGGAUAGCUACGAACGCGAUUGAUCUACAUCAGGUUGGGUGUUAUGGCGAUGGAACGGUAACGAUUUGGGACAUACGAAAGUUGCCACAACCACUGUUAACAUUUACGGAUAAAGACGCUAUUGCUGACGGUGAACGCCCCCGUCCGGGAUCAGUUGUACAUCACAUCGAGUUCUCCAGCACCCGCAGGGGCAUGUUGGCGGUCUUAGAAAAGGACUUAACCUACGUACGAUUCUGGGAUAUUAGGAGCGCGAACGCGGCAGAUGCAUCGGAAGGGGGGCGUUCUCGCGAUGCUUCUCAAUCGCGUGUCCCACGUCGGUCUUGGACAAAUCUGCCUUGGACAGCAUCGGGAUCCAGUGGGGCAGAAGGUAUACCAGAAUUCCAAGAUCCUUCCUCUGUGGUACUAGCCGAUACUCGCAAGACGAAACAUUUCGGUCGUCCGUUGGCGUCCUUUGCCUUGGUACCUGAUGCACGCCCAUUUUCGGCGACUUCUGAGGUAAUGGUGGUCAAUAAAGAUGGUGAUUUGGAACUGUAUGCACUGCAUGACAUGCCAAAGCAAUCGACGUGGAGUUCUAGAGGAGAUCUCGUUAUCGGAACCGGCCCUUCUCAUCUGCCCAUCGACCAAACCGACAGCGCGCCUAUCCCACUCGGGAGUAGAGAAGCAGACAACCCUCUAGUUUCAAGGCGAGAUGUCAAUGGUUUUCCGGCCCUACUUACGGCUGGCGUUAGAGAUCGUCGACAGUUGAAAUCUCGAGCUUAUAGCCCUGCCUCGUUCCGACAUUAUCCGUUGGAAGCUGCAGAGCGACCAUCCCAGCGUCAAUACGGAGAAAGAGAAAAGCUAAAAGUCCAGCAUACUCCGACUGAGAGGAACACCCCACGAAAUAAGAAAAGCACCUCCUGUACAAUUCAACAGGUCGUCGAGGACGACGUCUCUAUGGUCAUGCGAACAAGAGCUAUUUGUGGGUAUGGGAUUAGCAAUGGUUUUCACAACGCAAAGCUCACCCAGGCCGAUUCAUUUGGUCGCAAUGGUUUGUCAGAAUUAUGGGCUUGGUUACUACAUUCGCGAGAUUUAUUGUGCUAUCCAGCCUCACGUGUACACGGAUAUGAUUUUUCAAAUCAAGGCCUACAAGGCAUAUGGGAUGGUUUCCCCGCUUUGCCACGUGUGGCUGCGGCCAAGACCAAAUCCACAAUCAGUUUGCCUGCAGAGCUGCUUUCCACAUCCUUUGAGACCACAACUACUGAUGCAAAUUCAUCCGGCACACCUUCACCGACAGAUAUUCCAGGUUUGUUGGGAACUUCGCCACAAUCCGCCGAGGACGUAUUUUAUGGUGAUUUCGAUGCCGCUGUGGGUUUACUACUCUCGCAACAGAACCCAAUGCGGCUACCGUCGUCCCCCUCGUGCCGGACGAAAAGGGCGAAGCAACGGCAAUUUGCCAUUCAGCUCUGUGGAUGGAGUCUGGUAGAUGAAGAUCUUUCCUCUGCGAUAAAAAAAUGGGAAAGAGACGGACAAUACACCCGUGCAGCAUGUUGGCUCGUAUUCACCAAGCAAUAUACAAAAGCUCUUGAACUUCUCAUGCGAAGCAAAGAUGAAACGCACCACCUCAUAGCAGGAACGCUUGCAGCACUUGUACCAGGAGGAUCGAGGAGCAGCGAAUUGUGUGAACUCUCCGAGAGAUUGAUCGUUCGGCUCCUUGAUCCUUACGUCCGCGUUAUGUUAACACAGCUAACAUCUAAAGAUUGGUCCGACGUUUUGGAAGAGGAAGCAUUACCUCUUCGCGAGCGGCUCGCCAUCGCGUUUCAAUUUUUGGAGGACAGGGCGUUGUCGUCAUACCUUCGCCGAACCGUGGAGCGUCUCAGCUCAAGAGGUGAUAUCGAAGGGCUCAUCAUUACCGGAUUGACGCCGGCCGGGAUGGAUAUACUGCAAAGCUAUGUCGACCACACCGGAGAUGUGCAGACAGCCGCUAUUCUUUCUUCUUAUGUUUGUCCCGCCAGAUUCCAGGACCUGAGAGCCGAAAGGUGGCAAGAGGCAUACCGGGAUUUGCUGGAUGGCUUCAAGCUUUUCCAUCAUCGUGUCAACUUUGACAUUGGUCGUGGCCAAAUACUUCAGGAAGCUGUACAAAAUGGAGACCUGUCCCCGAUGUAUAAAUGGGCACCUCAGCACAUUCUUAUUCGGUGUAAUUAUUGCUCAAAGCCUACGAAUCCGAACAACAUGGACGCUCCAAGCAACAACCGAGUGACCGCCUGUCGCUGUGAUCGUGCCUUGCCAAGGUGCUGCGUUUGCCUGAUGACACUUAGCAUCGUUCCUGAUGCUAGUCGGAACGCCGAUUUGCUCAGUUCCCACUCUACCUCCAGGGACACAAUUGAGGACGCCAUCAUUAUUUGUCAAACCUGCAGGCACGGUGGCCAUGCUUCCCACAUAUUGGAGUGGUUCUUCGGCGAGGAGGGUGCUGGUUCCCAUGGGAAAUGUCCAGUUGCAGAUUGUAACUGCCGUUGUGGGGAUGAGUUGUGAGCACGGGAUGUCGAAUCUACUAUUAUUGCCUCGAGCACAUAGGAUACGGAUAACAUGUAGCUUUCACCACUAUCUAGUAGUCCAUCAUUGCCGCUUGUGGAGACGACAUAGUGCUGCUAGCGAAAGCGAAGCUCCCACUGGUUGGUCUAUGCCUGCAUUUAUGUCUCCUCGUUGUGUGCUGCUGUUGCGAGGGGUGAUAAGAACAG